AAUUUUUUAAUUAAUCCGUUUAAAAAUCAUGGAUUAUAUUUUUCGUUACAUAUUUUUCAAAAUUUUAAAAUUAACGGAAAUUUGAUUCUGGUUCCGAUUACAUGUUGUAUCCAAGAACUGGUUCGGCAGAUCCCAUCUCUAACCGAUUAAUUUGCUGUUUUGUUUUUGAUCUUGCUUUAUCAUUUACGCUUUCUACCCCUGCCGACCAAACAGUUAAGAAGCGGCAUUUUUUUGAAUUCAACAACAAAGUGAGCGGUUAAACGCUGCGAAAUAUAAACUCGUAUACUAAAAAUUUAACAUUUCCAAUAAGUCCAAAUCAAGAUAGAAAAUAGAAAAGUGAGCGGACCUAGAAACGCCAAUGGCGAUCAGCAUUUGACCUGGAAAGUUUUAAUUCUGAAUGUUAUUGAGUCGUUUGUGUUCGUGACUGUGUGCUCUGUAUUUUUGUUUCGAGAAUUAAUAAGUUGAAGCCUAGAAAAUGUCCGCGAAAGGAUCUCGUUCCAUCCAGGUGGCCAUCAAAGUGCGUCCCUGCGAGCCAGGACUCUCGCGGCUCUGGCUGGUGAAGGAGGGACGCUCCAUCCAGCUCACCGACAGCCAUGCGGAGCCCUGUGUUUUUGAUUAUGUCUUCGAUGAGGGUGCCAGCAACCAGGAGGUGUUCGAUCGGAUGGCUAAGCACAUUGUCCACGCCUGCAUGCAGGGAUUCAACGGAACCAUUUUCGCUUACGGUCAGACCUCAUCGGGAAAAACCUAUACCAUGAUGGGCGACAACAAAAACCCGGGGGUGAUGGUGCUGGCCGCCAAAGAAAUCUUCCGACAGAUCUCCGAGGAGAAGGAUCGCGACUUUCUGUUGCGAGUGGGCUAUAUUGAAAUCUACAACGAGAAAAUCUACGACCUGCUGGACAAGAAGAACCAGGACCUUAAGAUACACGAAUUGGGCAACGGAAUGGUGAACGUGAACUGUGAGGAGUGCAUCAUAACAUGCGAAGAUGACCUCCUCCGCCUCCUCAGCAUGGGCAACAAAGAGCGCACCGUGGGCGAGACUAACAUGAAUGAGCGCUCCAGCCGAUCGCAUGCCAUCUUCCGCAUAAUCAUCGAGUCGCGCAAGUCAGACCGCGCCGAAGACGAUGCCGUGAAUCAAAGUGUUCUGAACCUGGUGGAUCUGGCUGGUUCUGAACGAGCUGACCAAACUGGUGCCACUGGGGCUAGGCUCAAGGAAGGAGGACACAUCAACAAGAGCCUGCUCUUCCUCAGCAAUGUCAUCAAAAAUCUGGCGGAACGGGAGAGUGAGAGCGGGGCUGAGCAGUCGAGUAACAAGUUCAUCAGUUUCCGGGACUCCAAGCUCACACGCAUCCUUCAAGCAUCCCUGGGAGGCAAUGCUUUCACUUCCAUCAUCUGUACCAUCAAGCCCUCGAUCCUGGAGGAGUCCCAGUCGACCCUUAGCUUCGCCAUGCGGGCCAAGAAGAUAAAGACCAAGCCCCAGCUGAACGAGAUGGUGUCGGAUGCAACGAUGAUGAAACGCCUCGAACGCGAAAUAAAGGAUUUGAAAGAUCGGCUUGCCGAGGAGGAGCGCAAGAAUGAGAGCCAACUGAAAGUGCAGGAGCUGGAGCGCUGCAUAAAGCGGGAUAUGCUCAAGAUUAUCUCCAGCACAUCCCUUAGCGACAAGCGGCUUCAGAAACGUCGGCGUACCUGGUGUCCCGGGCCGGAAAAAAAUGCUGAAGCCCAACAGGAGACGGGUGCUGGUCUGGCAGAGAGCUCCCACCUUCCUCCCCUUUCGAAGCUCUCUCAUCUACCGAAGCCCACGUUUUUCCCCACUUCCCAUAUUUCCGGUCGACUGGACAAGGCUCCAAAGACGAUCAAUAUCCUGCAAUCGUUGGCCUUGGGCGCCAAUGAGAGUAGAAUCGACGAGGAGUUCCUUCCCGCAGACUGCAUCGACUUUGACGCAGUUCCACCGGCUGUCCAGAAAGCGAAGUUGCACAGCAUGCUGCUACCUUUGACCCCUGUCGCAAGUGAGAUGAAAGGCGCAACUAUGGAGAGGAUCAAGAAGGAGAUCCAGGAGCUGCAGACUUUUACAAACUUAGAAAAACACUUUGAUGUGGAGUGGGAGAAGGCGCAGGUGCUGCAGGAGAAGUUGGACCAAGUCACGGCCCAGAAAGAUCAGUUGGAGCAGGAUUGUUUGACCAAAGAGCAGCGAUGCGAGGCCCUGCAGACUGAGGUCAGCGCUCUGAAGACGGAUAAUCUGGAAGCGAGCGACAAGAUCAAGGGUUACGAGGAGCAACUAAAAGCUAUGAAGGAAACAAUGGCCAGAUUGGAGGUGGAAAACCGUGAUGCAGUCACUCUCGAAUUCCAGUUCAAGUCGCAAAAGGAAAGAUCCGCCCAGCGGGAAAAGGACCUGCUGUCAGCCCUCUCAGAAAAGGACGCGGCCAUAGAGGAUCUUAAAAAGUCUCUUGACGAAAUGACUCUGGAUCUUCGCAAUAGCAAGGAAGAUUUCAUGCGCUCCAUGUGCCAACCAGCAGAGUCUCAGGUCUGCCACAAGUGCGAUGAGCUUGAAGAGACCCUACUUAGGUCGAGCAACUUCGAGAAGCAAUGUCAGCAACUCGAGGCCGACAACAAGCGACUCCAGGCGGAGAUGGAUAGUUUGAAAGAGAAUUUCGAGGUGGCCCAGAGGCAGCUAACUGAAUUUUCAAAGUUAGAAUCGCUGGCAGCUGACUGCAAGGCGGAGAAUGAGUCUCUCAAGAAACAAAUCACGGAGCUGCAGGCGAGCUAUGAUGAGAUCCAGCGGGAAUAUGACUGCCUCUCCAAUCAGCUAAUGGAAAGUGUCCAGGAGAACGAUGCCUUGCGGGAAGAGCUUAAGCUUCGCCCAUUAAGCGGAAUGGAGUCGAUGAAGAGCUCGGGAGUGGGCAUGGAGAGCAGUGUAUAUGAGCCGGACCUUUCAGGAGAGUUUGCUAGAAUUUCGGAAUCUGUUCACCAAAUAGAAGUGCAACUUAAUUCUGGUUCUAGUCGCAUUUUCCGAGCUAUGAAACUGGAGAAUAAGCAAGAUCAGGGCCUGCACCGGCUUAAGCUUUGUAUGGAGUCGGCGAAAUACGUGGAGGAUGUGGGUUCUCCAACGGAUUCUGCCGACUCUACAGUUCUCAAGGGAUUGAUAAAACAGCACCGAUUCCAAAUCAUUCGAUCCAGCGAGGAGCUAGUGGAAGAAAGAUCGGCGGAAGUGGAGCGACUCCUCGCGAUAAUUUCCCAGCUGCAGGAUGAGAUAAAAGAAAAGAAUGAUCUGCUCAAGGACGAGUUGAUGAAUAUUAACGAGAUGCGAGAGCAGAUUACUACCCUGGAGUCGGCUCUGCUCGAGAAGAGCGUCAUCGUCAACAAGGUGGAGGACUAUCAGCGACAGAUUGAGUGUCUUGAGAAGCAGAAUGCAGAGAUCUCGCUGGUGUGCGAGGAACUGCAGGAGAAGGCUCUCAGGGACAGUACACUAUGCGAGAGUAUACUUCGAGCGGAUGAUACUCUUCCAAUGCCAGCCCAACUGGAGUCCGAGGAAGUGACUGCUCUGAAAGAAUCCCUCGAGGAGCUGAAGGCCAAGGUGAUUCAGUUCCAGGGAGAGCUGGACAAUCAACUGAAACAGUUGCAGCUGAAGAAUGAGAACAUCGAGCAGCUGCAGGCUGAGAUCCAGGAGCUAAACGAACGAUGCCUGUCUAUGGACGUCAGGCAAGUGGAACUACAGUUGGAGUCCGACCAGAAGCAGCAGCAACUCGAUCGCCAAGCACUGAAGCUGGCCGAGGAUAGAACUCUCAUCGACAAGCUGCAGGAAUCGAAUGCAAAUCUUCUGGACCGCAGUAUCAAGGCAGAGAAAUCGGUGGCGGAACUUCAAGAGCGCUUAAGUGCAUCCGAUAGCUUGCAAGAUCAAGGCAUUAUCGGAGCAGAACUGGAGAAAGAACUAAACGAGUUACGGGAACAGCUUCUAAAAACAAGGGAAGACCUUAAAUCCAAGUCGGAGCAGAUUAAUGAUCUUCAGUUGGAAUAUUUGCAGAAGCUUGAAACCUGCGAGAGCGAGAACCGUGCCAACUUCCGCAGAUACAACCUGGAGUGGGAGGAGAGUAGGGAUAAGUACGAGAGCACCGUUGCCACAUUAAAGGAGCAGCUGGAGCAGACUGAACAGGCACUUGCUGAAAUGAAUGACAACUACCAGACGGAAAAGGGUAUCAAGGGUGACCUCGAAAUAAAACUUCAAGAAGCUGAGUUGCAGCAGAAACAAAUGGCUGAAAGAAACAAUGCUGAGUUGGAGCGCAUCAGAGGAAUCCUACAGCAAAGAAGCGAAGAGCAAGCACAGGUGGACGUUAUCCAUGCCAUGGAACUGGAGACUAUUCGAACAGCGCUGAAGGAACAACGCACCAAAGCUGAAGAGGAUCGGGAAAAGCAGGUGGCCGAGGUGGAAGACAUGAGAUCCACUUUGACGGAAGUGGUCGCUGAGAGGAAUGAAAAAUAUGAAAAAAUUCUUGAACUGGAAAAAUUGAAGAAGGAGCAGGACGUGGCUGUAGAUCUUCUGAAAAAAGAAGUGCGGGAGUUGGAAAAGAGCCAGAAACUGGUGGAGCAACUGCAGACUCAAUUAAAAGCUCGCGAAGAGGACAACAGCGACCGAGUAAUAGCAGAGCUCCAGGAGAAGAAUCAAACCCAGAGUAUCGAGUUGGAGAGCCUUAUGAAGGAGAAGGAGGCGCUGAUCUUAAAGCUAGAAGAUGCGGUCGCACAAGAAGCUUCAACUUCGCAGUGUCUCCAGGAGGUGCAGUUGGAAGUUGAAUCUUUGGUAAAAGAGAAGGAGUCCCAAAAAAGUGAAAUGGAAGAAAAAAUAAAAACUUUAAAAGCCAAAAUAAGUGACCUCGAAAAAUCGCUCCAGAAGGCGCAGGAGAAGGAUAUUGAGCAGAAGGAGCUUCUUAAUCGUUAUGAGGACCUUAUAGUAUCCUUUGAUGCGUCGCAAGAAGCUGGCGCUGUUAUGGAGGAAACGGUGGAUAACCUGAAGUCACAACUGGAGGUUGCCCAGGAGGAAGUGACCAGAAGAGAUCUUGAUGUCGAGUCCCUUCGCAAAGAACUAGAGUUUGCUCUGCAGGCGAGGGAAUCUAUCUGCUCAGAAAAAGAAUCGCUUUUGAAGCAACUACAGGAAUUGGAAAACGAGAUGACCAACCAGGCUAACAAGUUCCAAAAAGAGGUAUCUGAUUUGGAAGGCUCAGUGGGCGAGCUCAACUUGAAGAUGAAAAGCCUUCAAGAGCAGAAGGACGAACUGGAGGCUGGGAACGAGGAGAUGAAAGUGAAACUAAAGAACUCCCAAAACUUGCAAUUCCAGCUGGAAGAGGAAAGGAAAAUAAUUGUUCAGUUGCAAGAGUCCUGUCUAGAGCUUGAAAAGCAGCUUCAAGCUAAGGAUGCCGAGUUUUCUUCAAAAUCUGACGAGUUUUCGAGGGAAAUGGAGGUCAAGCAGCAGACAAUCAAUGAACUUGGUCAGCAGUGCGAGAAACUAAGGGCAGAAACGGAAACAAAAUCGAUUUUGGAAAGCCAGAUAGCAGAGGAGCGCAAGCUUGUUACCCAACUAAAAGAAUCACACAUGCAGCUUGAAGAGCAGUUGCGAGCCAAGGAGGCUGACAUCAGCCACAGAUCCAAGGAGAUCAGUCAGGAAAUGGAACAGGGUCGUCGGUCUCUUGGGGAGCUUACCCAGGAAUAUCAAAAACUGCGCUUGGAACUCGAAACCAAAACUAGUACCUUCGAGAAGGAAAAGGAGAAAAUGGACUUGAAUUUAACAAAACUUUCCAAGGAAAACAAAGAGAUGGUUGUGAAGCUGAGGAGCCUGGAGGAGACAAAUAAUGCAAAUAUUAAACUUGUCAAUGAUUUGAAAACACGGAUUGCUGAUAACGAGUCCAUCCGGGAAUCCUUCUCUAUGGAACUUGAGGUUGCCAAGAAAAAAUUACUCGAAAUGAAUCAGAGUGCUCAAGUACUCACUUCGGAAACUGAGAAGCUGAGAUCAGCUCUGAAAACUAAGGAGUCAAGUUUCCGUUCGGAAAAGGAUCGCAUGGACGGUACAAUUUCUAGUCUUCUGGAGGACAAGCGCAAUUUGGAGGAAAAAGUCUGCAACCUCAAUGAAAUUUUGAAGAAACUUGAGGCCGAACUGGCGAUUGUCCAUGCAUCUGGACUGAAAGCUAAUGGAAGCAACUUGUCCUUCGAUUCGAAUGCAUCUACUGGAUCGGUGGCAUCCACUACGGCUCCAGUAGCCAGAAAGAGUCUAGAUCGCAAUACAGGUGCCCCCUUGCCGAGAAAAUCCAUGAGUUCCGAGUUAGAGAUCCGCAGAAAUCGGCGUAUCAGUGUCCAUGAUGAGAAUCGCAGACACUCCUACUGGAAUGAUGUCCGAGAAUCAUCCACCAUGACGGAUCCCGUGGAUAGUAAUUGUAGUUGCGCUGAGCUGAACUCCAAAUUAGAGACCUGUCAGCGGGAACUUUUUAUCCGGGAGAGUCAAGUGACUGCCCUCAACUUGGAGUUGAAGCAUCAUCCGCUGAAGGAGGAAAAUGCCCAGCUAAAGAAGCGGAUAAUGGUGGAGCAGGAAAAGGCGCGCACUGAGCAAAGGCGGCUAAAACAGAAGAUCCACGAUCUUACCAUUAAAAUAAAUGAUCUCUCUGAAAAGUGUGGGCUAUCCGCUACGGGCCAAGCUAUCAGCGCGAAACCCUCUGUGGUCUCCACUCAAACUCAAACCGAAUCUGAACUGGAAAAGGUAAUAGAGGAGACAACCAAGAAAUACCAGGAAACUGUACGCUUAUGCCGCUUCCGAGCCGGUAUCAUAAAGGAUCUGGAGGAGAAGCUAAAGCAAAACGAAAAUGUUGACACUUCCAACAUUUGCUCCCUUACCAAUGGCCAAAUUAGUUCCCUGAAGGCGCAAUGCGAAAGUCAGAAAAAGGAAAUGCUCACUCUCAGAGAGAAGUACGAGGCUGCUAAAAAGGUCCUUCAGCUACGCAAGGAUGAGAUUCUUGAGUUAAGGGCAAAAGUUUCUGGCCAAACAGCCAAAUAAGUUUAAAAUAGUUUGCUAGAGUUUACAUAUUUUUUUUUGUUUAGUGUAUAUAUUUAAAAUUCAUCAAUCAAAUUCAUCAAAGAAGGUAGGCAAUGUCUUUAUUAAGUUUUCUAGAUUAUUGAACUAUUCCAGACCUUUGCAGAAUAAUCCAGGAUGAGCUAGUGAAGCUACAAGCUACUGUCUAAUCAUAAUUUAAAAAAUGUACUUAAGUAUUUAAUGUGUUAAGUAUUGUAUUGCAUGGGUGUAAAAUUCAUGUAAAACUUUUUAAAAUGUAAAAAUAUGUAAUUUGUGUGCAGUUUAAAAUAUAUUCCAAAUAUAAUUAUCAUUAUUAGAGUUUUUGAGAGACUUUAAAACAGGA